GUUAGUUUGAGAUGAUGGAAGGCAAAGGCAUUGAAGGCAGAGAGUGAUUAUAAACACGAAAGGAAAGGGCAAUGGUGAUGACAGUGUGACGCUCUCUCCCUUAACCAUUUUUCGAUCGCGAUCUCAUUCCACUCUCCCCUAUGGCGAAGAGUGAGAUUCGUUUUUCUACUCAGCUUAUUGAUGGAGAUGGCACGUUCAAUGUUGAGGGAAUUGAGAAGUUCAUGAAGGACGUUAAGUUAGCUGAAUGCGGGCUUUCCUAUGCCGUAGUUUCCAUCAUGGGUCCACAAAGUAGUGGCAAGAGUACGCUAUUAAAUAAUUUGUUUGGCACUGAUUUUAGAGAGAUGGAUGCAUUUAAGGGAAGAUCUCAAACAACCAAAGGAAUUUGGUUGGCAAAAUGUGCCGGCAUAGAGCCUUGUACACUUGUGAUGGACUUAGAGGGCACAGAUGGAAGAGAAAGGGGAGAGGACGAUACUGCAUUUGAAAAGCAGAGUUCUCUUUUUGCUUUGGCUGUUUCGGAUAUUGUGCUGAUAAACAUGUGGUGUCAUGACAUCGGCCGUGAGCAAGCUGCAAACAAGCCACUUCUAAAAACUGUGUUUCAGGUCAUGAUGAGGUUGUUUAGUCCACGCAAAACAACAUUGAUGUUUGUCAUACGUGAUAAAACAAGGACACCACUAGAAAAUUUAGAACCUGUCUUACGAGAAGAUAUUCAGAAGAUUUGGGAUUCUGUUCCUAAGCCACAGGCCCACAAGGAAACCCCACUGAGUGAAUUUUUUAACGUUGAAGUUGUUGCUCUUUCUAGCUUCGAAGAGAAGGAAGAGCAAUUCAAGGAGCAAGUUCAUGAGUUGAGGCAGCGAUUUGUUCAUUCCAUAAAUCCUGGUGGGCUUGCGGGGGAUCGGCGUGGAGUUGUUCCUGCUUCGGGCUUUUCUUUUAGUGCUCAGCAAAUCUGGAAAGUCAUCAAGGAGAACAAAGAUCUUGACCUUCCCGCACACAAGGUCAUGGUUGCUACUGUAAGAUGUGAAGAAAUUGCCAAUGAGAAAUAUGCCCUUUUUGCUGCCAAUGAGGACUGGCGUCAGCUAGAAGAGGCUGUGCAAUCAGGUCCAGUUUCUGGAUUUGGGAAAAAGCUCAAUUCGCUUCUUGAUACUUGUCUUUCAGAGUAUGAUGUUGAAGCCACUUAUUUUGAUGAAGGUGUGAGAACCGCUAAACAGAAGCACCUUCAAGAAAAACUGUUGCAACUUGUCCAACCAGCAUUCCACUCUGCCCUUGGACAUAUAAGGAUUGGAACUUUCGAUAAGUUCAAGGAAGUAUUUGAUAAGGCUUUGAAUAAAGGGGAAGGGUUUUCUGAAGCUGCUAAUAAUUGCACAGGGAUUUUUAUGGCUCAGUUUGAUGAAGCCUGUGCAGAUGUUGUUGUUGAAGUUGCAGACUGGGAUACAUCUAAAGUAAGGGAGAAACUACGACGUGAUAUUGAUGCACAUGUUGCAUCUGUACGUGCAGCUAAGUUAUCGGAACUUACCACAACAUAUGAGGAAAAACUAAAAGAAGCUUUGUCUGGACCUAUUGAAGCACUUUUUGAUGGAGCUAAUAAUGAAACUUGGCCAUCAAUAAGGAAACUCUAUAAGCGUGAGACUGAAUCAGCUGUUUCUGGGUUUUCUGCUGCGCUUACCAGGUUUGAUGCAGAUGAAGAAACACAAAAGAACAUGAUUGUGAGUUUAGAGAAUUAUGCAAGAGGUUUGAUAGAGACAAAAGCUAGGGAUGAAGCUUGCAGAGUCCUAAUACGUAUGAAGGAAAAGUUCACAACAUUGUUUAGUCAUGAUGCUGAAUCAAUGCCGCGUAUUUGGACAGGAAGCGAAGAUAUUCGAUCCAUCACCAAGACUGCUCGAUAUGCUUGCCUGAAGUUGCUAUCUGUUAUGACCGUAAUUCGUUUGGAUGAUAAAGAUGACACUCUUAACAUUGAGAAUAUUUUAGCAAAAGCAUUGUUAGAUUCACCCAAUGAAAAAGAGAAGAAAAUCACAACAGUUGAUCCACUGGCUUCAAGCACUUGGGAAAAGGUUCCAGCUUCUAAAACAUUGAUCACCCCUGUCCAGUGUAAAUCUUUGUGGAGGCAAUUCAAGAUUGAGACAGAAUAUACUGUGUCUCAGGCCAUUGCUGCACAGGAGGCCAACAAGCGUGGUAACAACUGGUUACCUCCACCAUGGGCAAUUGUUGCCUUGCUUAUUCUGGGAUUUAACGAGUUUAUGACACUUUUAAGAAAUCCUUUAUAUUUGAUUCUCAUUUUUAUUGGUUAUCUUCUCAUUAAAGCCUUGUGGGUGCAACUUGACGUUGCGGGUGAUUUUCGCCAUGGUGCACUAGCUGGACUCUUAUCCUUGUCUACUAAGUUUCUUCCAACUAUAAUGAAUCUUAUGAGAAAGUUAGCAGAGGAGGGGGUUCCUGAAACUAACAAUCCUCAGCCAACUCCAUCAACAAGUACUCAAACUACUGGUAGCUCUGUGUCAUCUACUGCUUCAUCUAAGGUAACUUUUUUAGAAUGUGGAACUGAGUACACCGCUUCAUCAAAAGAAGAAUAGAGAAAGAAACUCGUCUUUGUGGCAGUGCCAAAUCUUAUGUUGAGGUGUGAUAGCAAUCCAAUGCUGGUUUGUGGCAAUUCAAUGCAUUAAGAAGCAUUGGUUUUUACGUAAAUGCAACAUACAAUUUUUUUUUAAUUUUAAAUUUUUGCUACAAUUAACUUGCCCAUCGAAAUAGAUAUAUCUUCCCCAAUUCAGAUUCUUUAGUUAGUUGGAGGAGCAAGGUUAUUCUACCUGAUUUUUUAUGGCCUUGCAUGCAUUUAAUUUUUGUUUUUGUUUUUGUUAAGAGUCGCAUGGGUUCUCUAAAUGUAAAUGGUAUAUCACGUUAUCGCAAAAUAACAAUUUUCUCCCGUAUGAUUACUCAAAAAUAACUUAGUAGUACUAUUUAUCAAUCGUGUGAAAUGUUGAUUCCUAAAUCACAAUCUUAUAUUCUAGUUAGAUACAUGCCAGAAGUGUUCAUUUUUCAACCAACUCAUAGGAAUUAAUUGCCAACCUGUCCAAUUACACGUUAUGUUAUGGCAAAAAUUCUCAAUU